AUGGCGGAUCAUGGCCGACGUUCCCAGGCGCGGGCGCAGCCUGUCGACGAUGUAGACGGGCUCGGCGCGCAACUCGCCCAGAUGAUCGUCCCGACCCUCACUGCCCAAAACUCAUGUCAAGUCCACGAACAGUGCGACAGCAGUUGUCCUAAUCGCAUUGGCGUCCGGCGCUACCUCCUAAUGCCCAACGGUGAGCGGCGCCAUGAAACGGACGAAAGGGCCAGCUUGGGCGAACAACUCGGUGCCGCGAGAGGCAACGACGAUGGACAGCCGCCUAGACAGCAGCCCUUCACUAUUCAUCCCGACACGCCGAGAUUCGUAUAUACCAAACUCUCAUCGCCACAUGGCAUGAUUCGGCUGGUGAAAUUGAGGAGUGCUUAUUUCAGAAAAGACCCCGUCGACUGUGAACUGCUCACUUUUGCCAUGGACGACUUGCCGCCGUACAGGGAGGGCCCUUUCGUACUGUUGGGGUGCGGCAGCAGAUGUGUGCAAAAUGAUAUGCAAUGGGCGCUUAUUCUGUGCACGGCCCAGCUUAGAACGCGCCUUCAAGAGGCUGCGAGCUGGAUUCAGUUCCGGCCAAACAGAGGGGGGGAUCUGGAAGAGAAGGGUGCUCAGAUCCAGCUCAUGGAGCGGAUUUAUUCAUACGCCUCUACGGUUUACGUUGAUCUCGGAGACACAGAUGGCCGUGUUGUUUCGGGGGGGUUUAAUCUGUCGGCAACCAUCCAGGCAGCCUCGGGAAUGGGCAGUCCCGAAGCCUUGAUCCCAGUCGGCCGAGAUACACCACAUCCACUAUUAUACAAGACCGUGUUUCUGGCUCUGCAACAACCUUGGUUUACGAGAACAUGGGUCAUUCAAGAGGCUGCGUUGGCGAGGAGAGCCGUGUACAUGUUCUGCGGGAAUGUGCUUUCGCAGCGGCAGUUGGAUGAUAUUUUGAGCCGAGAGGCUAUGCGUGCAAAUCCAAGGCGUACGCAGGAACUGAUGCAACUGGGGAGCAAUGAUGCGCUCCGCAACUAUCUCAACUAUGCGAAGCUGCAGCAAAUAAAGAAUGCUCGAGAGAGAAUCGGUUCACUGGAGCUUAUGGAACUAACGAGGGACUUUGCUGCUACUGAUCCAGCGGAUAAGGUGUUUGGGUUGUUAGCGCUCAUGAGUGACGAGGAUCGGUGUUUCGACGUUUCGCAGCUCUUCAAGUCCGACGGGGAUUCGCCAUCAAAAUGCUCGACAGUGCAGGUCUCCAACGAAGAAACAACUCUGAACGAAGGCUUCCAUCCUGAAUCCCCGACUGGAUGGGACAGACGAAGUCGCCGAAACAGAUUGCUGGCCUGCGUCCUGUUAUUUCGCAUGGUAGGAGAUGAGUCGGGAUCUGGAGGUCUCAGUCUUCGUGGCAUGAUAGUCGACACAAUCGAUAGUGUUGUCCAUGUCCACAGUGCACCAGUAACAGCCGAAGGCGAACCGUCAUUCUUGGCGUUCCAUGGUGAGUUCCGUCCGGCGUUUGACAGCUACGUGAGCGGGAUCAAGGGGAAACCCAGAUACAUGGACAAUGAAGAGGUGUUUGCGCGCUCACUACUAAUGGACGAUACAUAUACGGGCCGCAAUGCCAUCCUGCAUAGCAGCCCUAUAGAAAACCCGGCCUUGACGUAUCGUUCCGCGCACUAG